AUGCCCCGUGCUACAUUUUUCCUGUAUAGGGCGCGUAUGGCCCUGGGAGAACUGACGCCACACAAUGUCAAGCAACUGGCCCUCAUUUGCAACAGCAUCUUCCCUGUCAGCUACAGCGAUAAGUUUUUCAAGACCGCUGUGGCCGCCGGCGAGCUUUCAAAAAUUAUCUACUGCGAUGAUAUUCUUGUCGGUGGUGUGUGCUGCCGACUGGAUAAGAUCCCCGACAGCAAGAACAACAAGCUUUACAUCAUGAUCCUUGGCGUCCUGGCUCCGUACCGGCGCAUGGGCUUGGGCAAACUCAUGGUUGAGCACGUUCUCAAGCUGGCUGAGGACGACAAGACCGUCACCGCCAUCUCGCUGCAUGUGCAAACAAACAACGAGGAUGCCGUUGCCUUUUACAAGAACUUUGGCUUUGAGAUUGUGGAGACGGUCCAGGGCUAUUACAAGAAGCCCACCCCGAUGGAUGCUUAUGUGUUAGAAAAGAAGGUGCGCGAGGCUUAA